AAUAUUUCCCAGAGGUUCUUUGAAAAAAGAGUGGUGGCAUCUUAUGUUUUGUUAUGGGCAUUGGGCAGAUAUUCAACUGUGUAACUUCCUUCUCCUGUGCUAAAAGAAACUUUCUUAAUCUAACUUUUUGGUUAGAUCUCUUCCAAAGGAACAGACAUUCAGACACUAGAAACAUGGCUUUGUCCCACAGGCUGGAGAUUUUUAAAGUCAUCUAUUUGUGCCAAAUUAUUACCCAUAUAUUGAGCAACCCUUGGUUGAAAAGAUGAGGAAUAUUGACCAUGCUACUGCUACACCCCUUGAGAACAUACUAUAAAGUGGCACAUUUUUCAGUUUGCUAAUGAUUCAUUACCCAUUAUCUAUCAGUAAAACAUGUGGUAAUGAUGACUAUAUAUUAUGAUGAUGCUUCUAUGAUAAAGGCUGCCUUGAGCAUGGGUAUAAAAGACCCUAUCCAUAUGGAAUUUAACUUCAAAUAAGAAACAUGCGAGUCCUAAGAUAUCACAGAGCAGGAACCCAGAUACUAGAGAAAGGUUACGAAAACAUUCUCCAGAUCGAACAAAGACAAAAUGCUGCAGGGUUCAGGUACUUCAAAGAAGAAAGGUGAUCAGUGCUCUGGAGGCAGCAACAUCUUCACAGAGAUACAAGAGAAUAGCCCUAAUGGGACCUUUGUGGCCAACCUUAGUAUGUUUGGAGAUCCUGUGACCAGCACAGUAAAACUCUGUCUAAGUGGAACUGAUGCAGACUGGUUCUACCUGGAUGGAAAGAACGUCUGGCUUAAUGUGUCUUCUGGGAAAACGCUGGAUAGGGAGGCCCUGAAUUCAUCUGUUUUACUAGUCACUCUCACCUGUUCUGAAGAAGGAUAUGCAAUGGUCCAGUACAGAAUAAUAGUCCAAGUUCUUAAUGAAAACGACAAUAAGCCAAGGUUUUUGGAGGAAUCAGUUGCUGUUCAGAAUAUCAGUGAGCUGGCUGAAGUGGACUCUGUAGUAUUUACUGCAAAGGCCAUGGACUUAGAUGGGGACACCUUAAUGUAUGUAAUUGAUCGAACUUUGGGUGACUUUAAGUACUUUCACAUGGAUCACCCAAACAAUGGGAAAGUAUUGUUGUCAAGGUCUUUGGAUUAUGAAAUUGUACAGGAACUAGAGGUUAUCAUUCAUGCUGUGGAAAUGACAACGAGAGAGAGACAGCGCACUACAGCAAGAGUGCGGGUCAUUGUACUUGAUGGAGAUGAUCAGUACCCACAGUUCCUUCCCUGUCAUUACAUGUUCCAUGAUGGUCUCAAGGUCUGUGUCAGUCCAACAUAUUUGGUGAACAUCACAGCAGGAAAAGAGCAAACUGGACAGCUAGUGUUCACUCCUGGGCCUAUAUUUGCUGAAGAUGGUGAUAAAGGAAUAAUGACUCCAAUCUCAUAUUCUUUACUGUCAGGUCCUGGCAGUGAACUGUUUCAGAUUGAUAAUAUUACUGGAACUGUUUCCCUGGUGAAUACUCUGGAAAGCAUACCUGGUCCUACUGUUUUCAACUUGAAGGUUAUGGCCUCACAGGUUGGUGACCCCAGAAAAUACUCCUUGGCAGAGGCAAAAAUCCGAGUGCUGUCGUCCAAUAAACAUGCUCCUCACUUUUCUGCUGCUCAGUAUCAGGCAUUUGUGCAAGAGGAUAACAAUCCUGUGGCCCUGGUCAGCACUUAUAAUGGGCGUGUGCUUUCUCUUAUGCCUUCUGAUGGAGAUUUCCCCAAUGGAACCAAUCCACAGAUCCACCUUAGUCUGACAACUCUAUCUAACCACAGUCAGCUAUUUCAGAUAACACAGAGUGGAUUUCUUAUAGCACGAGCAAACCUGCUGCAGGCAGCAGAGACCUACACUAUGAAAGUCCUUGCAAGAGAUGAAGAAUCAGGGGAAACAGCUAAUACUUCAGUUAUUAUAAAAGUAUUGGCUCGUGGGCAGGCAGCACCAAGGGAUCCCUCAGAGCCACAACCUUACUUUACUCUGCCAGACCUCCACAUCAUAGCUGUAGGACUUGGAGUUCUUGGAUUAUUGUUUGGGGUCCUAUUGUUCCUUUUAAUAAGACUUGUGAAGAGUCAUCGACAGCAGCAGCAGCAGAUGAGCCAGACAUCGCUGACAGAGAAGCAUCCCACUGUGCGCUUAAAGUGGUUUCAACCGGUUAAUCCCAGCAAAUCUUCACCACAGGCAGAAGAGCAGGGUUACCACAAUGCAGUUUACACUGAGACUCCUGGCGAUGAAAGCCCUGGCCCAGAUGAAGCAAAGCUCCUUCCAGCCAAGACAGAUGGGCAGACUGGGAAGCAGCAGAAAAAGAUGCCAGCAGUAGCAGUCAUUUCACCUGGGAAUCAAUGUAUUGGAAAGUCUCCACGCAGGAAUAAACAGGAAUUAUCGGCUGAACCUUUGAAUAGAAUGCACUGUACCCACCAGGAGGAGAUAGUAACCAUGGAACUCCAAUCAAAGAAAACGGGGAUUAACCAAGAAAUAAUGGAGGAAGAGGACAGCAGCCAACUGAAGAAUCUACCAGAAGAAAACAACAGUAGCAGUCCCCAAAUAGCAGGCAACCAAUACGUUGAUGCCAACAAAGAGUUGACAGAAAAGCAGGAUGAAGCAGGAAUGUGGCCUGAUCCCCCCUUACCCUCCAGACUACCCAUUGUGGUGGAAGUGAAUGAAGAAAUAGUAGAACCUGAUGGAGAACCAAUUCCCCAUCCACCAAUGGGCAGUGAGAUUAUCACGCCUGGCUCACUCAUGCAGUUACUAGAAGACUCUAUUGAAUGUUAACCCUUUCUGCCUUGGUAUCAUAUUUCCCUUUCAGUGUUAUGGAAAUAUUUAGUAGUGUGGGACAUACCUGAUGUUAAAAGGGUUGCCAGAGAUAAGGAUAAAAAUUGUUUCCGUUUAUUCUUGAGAAUCAGUGAUUUUUAUUUUAUUCUUGAUGAACAGUUAUUCUUGAGAAACAGUCCCACUCCUGGGCACAAGCACCAUCUGGUAAAAAGGCCAUAGACAAGCGUGGGUUUAAGGGUUAAUGAUAGAAUUUUUCCAAUCUUAAAACAAUCCUUUUAACAUCAGCCAACAACUUUGCAUGUAUUUGCAUUACAAUAACAACAUGCAGAAAACAUUGUGAAUUACUUCAUCAAUAACAAUUUGUGUGCCAGAUAAAACCAUCUUCUUUGGAAAUAAGCGCCUAUGAUUAGCUUUAUACUGCAAUUUUAUAGAGGUUUUCCCACAAAGGAUUCUCAUUGCCUAUCUGCAGAUUAUGCAUUGACUGCCUGCACAGUGGAAGUCCAACUUCAUACAAGAACAUGGGUCCUGUGUCUCACUGGAUAAAAGGAAUGGUGGUCAGACAUAUGUGCUGCCUCUGCAUUAAACUCUAUGACCAUGAUAAAGGUAGCCAACACAGUUCUCGAGUAUCUUGGCCUGGCCCUUAGAAAUGAAUGGAGGUGCAGUGCAUAAAUCCUACCACCACCAAUACACAGACCUACAUUCUCAUCAUUAGUAGGGGUCUCAGUGAUUCGAUCUAGGUGCUAGUAGGGGUUGAGUGGUGUUGGUUGGAAAACACCUUUAAUGGGAUAUUGCAGGAAAAAACUUUUUUGUUAUAUCAACUGGCUCCAGA